CUCGCAUUCUUCUUCCAUCAUGUCUUGAUACUUGUCUCUAGCUCUGAUAUUGGACCUUGCCAGAAGACCACACUGAGCAUAAUCGUAGCAGCUAAGUGAGCAGUUUCGAUUAUGAGUGUUGGGCUUUUUGCUCAGUAAAAGGCCAUGUCUCAUUGGCCAGCUUGGAUUAUGUCUAUUUAUUCUGCUUUUAUCUCUAUCAAUCCUACCUAUAUCCUACUGGUACCGCUGUCCGUCGUUGCUGCUGCGGAGGUGCCGGUGCCGAAUGCCUGGGGAGUGGCUGCCUGGGGAAUGCGGGGCUGCGGAGUGGGUGUGGCUUGCUUGCUUGCUUGCUUGCUUGCUUCCUUGCUGGUGCUGCUGCUUGUGGUGUCAUGUGAUGCCGCCGAUGGCGGUGAUGGUGGUGGAUCUGCUAGACUGCUGGCUGACGUGUGUGUUUUAGUAAGGGGUUGACUUUGUGAGGGAUUGCUUAGAGGCGUUGGGGUUGCGUGCGCGUUAGGUUUGGGAUAGACUGGGACUUGGCUUUUCGAUGGUUUGUUAGAGCCGAGAAUAUGAGAAGGCUUGGACGCUAUAGUUUGUCUUGCCCGUUUGCUCCCCGUCACCAAU